AUGCUUUCAGUCACAGUGAGAGCAACUUAAUCUGAUCUAAUUGAAGAUUCUUAAGAUUUUGAAAAUUAAAAUGUCGAGACAUAAUAAGAAUUUAGCUAAGAAGAGCAAAGUGCGCCAACAACAACUGAACUUCCUAAAAGAUAGUUACCUCCACUUUGCAAAGAAGAGCUUCCAACACUGAGUGUUAAAGAUGUCCUCCUCACUUCUGCCAACUGGGAUUCAUUUAAAAAGAAGAAUGAGCUAUUUAUUCUUGGUGUUUCAGACAGUGAAUGUCCUCUUUGCUGCUAAAGUGAGCCUCUAUUGAAAGAACUCUAGGACCUUUUCCAAAAUAACAAAUAUCUAUAUAAGGGGAAAAAGAUUCAAAUCGCUAGAAUAGACACUUCAAAGAAAAAUCAAUUCCUUGAGAAGGAAGAAAUUACUUUUGAAAAUGUUCCAAAAGUAAUCAUAAUAAAAGACUAGAGAUUCUAUGGUUUCGAUCAACCAUUAGACAGAAUGGAUUUGCUGCUUCACCAAAUAAACAGAAUCCUAAAUCCACUAAUUACUCUGAAAACAGAAGAGGAGAUUGAAUUGUUUUUAGACCAUGAGAAAUUUUGGGAUGCUGAUUAUCAGACCAAGUUCUUUAAAAACAAUUAGGAUGUAGUACCAAGAAUGGAAAAUCAUUAUUCAUAGCUGAGAUAUAAAACACGUGUUAUAUGCUUCAUUUAUGACAAGCAAGAGUAUAGGGAGGAAUACAAGAAUCUUAAAAGCGAUGCUAAGUACUUAGCCACAAGAGAUAAUCUUAGAAUAGGUUUUGUUGAUAACCAAAGACUGAUUAAGAAAAUGAAAGCCAAGUACUCAGUAAGAAUGUUCUCAUCAAUUGCAAUGUCUUCUUUAGUUAUGAAGAGAUAUGAUGGCGAAUUGUUGAACUAUGAUUUGACGAGUGAGGAUCAUAUAUUCAUUCAUAAUUGGAUAAAUAAACAUACACUAAAAGAAGUUGAUGAACUCAAUAAUGAAAGCUACAGAAUCUAUGAGCUAUUGAGACAACCAAUGUUUUUGACAUUCGUUGAUUUCGAAGAUCAAAGAUAUUCUAAGGCUUGUUAUAAAGCAGUUGAGGUAAUGAGAUAAGUUGCUCCUAAGUUUUCACAUAUCAUGGGAUUCCUUUAUGUGAAUAAUACGUAAUUUUAUCUUAGAAAGAGAGUCUUGGGUGUGACUUGGGAUGAACUACCAUCAAUGGCUUUUAACAUGAUUGAUAACAGAGUCAUUCCUUACCCUAGAGGUAAACCUAUCGAAAGAGAUAUAUUGUUCGAUUGGUUUGAUGAUAUUGUUAAGGGUAAAGUUUCAGUAAAAACAACUGGAUUUGAUAGAAUAGUGAAUGAUACUGACAUCUAAACAUACUUAUUAAAUAAUACAAUAGUAGCUAACAGAGAAAACUUUUAUGAAAUCGCCUUUUCUGAGGGCUUUGAUGUCGUCGUAUUAUUCUAUACAACAGAAGUUGUUCAUAAUGUGCAAAGAAACAUUGCUUUACAGUUUAAUUUAGUAGCUGAUGCCUUUAUCAAACUGUAAAUGUAAGAUUACAUUAAAGUAGUAAGCUAUGACAUUAAUGUAAAUGCCUUCCCUGAAGGUAUUGAGUUUACUACAGAUCUACCAUAAAUCUACUUCUUCCCAGCAUAUCACAAGAAAGCUCCAUUCAAGAAAUAUAUUGGCUAAGGUAUUGCUGGCUCAAUCUUGACUUACAUUCAGAAGCAUGCUGAUACCGAAUUCUAGUAUCCAGUUGAUGUUUCUAAAAUAGGUAUGCCCAGAGAGAAAAAUGAAUAAGAAGAGAACUAAAACUAAUAGCAAUCUCAAGAAACUCAAGAAAAUUAACAAAAUUAAGAGGACCAAAUCAUUGACUUGGAUAAAGAAAACAACAGUGAAAGCAUGAAUAAAGAGGAGAUUGAUUAGUCAAUUGAAGAGAAUAGUGCAUAACAAUAGGAAUAGUUAGAGAAUUUAUAGGAAGAAAGCAUUCAUGAAGACCUUUGA